AGUUCCGCUGAAUGGAAGAGCGCUCUUGAGGAUGGAAGUCAGCUUCAGGUAUCCUACCCGAUAUGUACCGGAACGACACAACUCGCGUCAGGCCCUGACGAUUCUUCUAUGCUACACCGCGAACCCUGGAACCCCUUCCGGUUUUUGCUUCGCCUACAGCGCAGCUUCUGCAUCACUCAUCUGGCUGUUAAAUCUCAAAGUACGGAUCGGUCAAAGAUUAACUGCCAUCAACCCUAAGUCUCGACUCGAAAAAGUUUCCACGAGGGAGUUAAGCGAGGAAGUAACACCGCCACCGGGAUGCGACACGGACGUCGACGGCAUCGAGCGUCUCCCGCCAACAAACAAUCCGGGAAAAGGCGGGCAGCGACGGUGACUGCAUUCCUCAUUACUAAACCUCUCAGCACUCCACAGGAGGCACUGUAGGUGCAGAAAUAACUGGGAAGAGAAGGGUUUACAGUAGCAUUCAGGGUCACAAGCAAUGUGAGCAUUUUAUUGCACGAGCAUGCGCGUUAUGUGAGCACGUAGACAGCGUCAGUCAGAGACGCGAGAUGGAGAUCCCGGAGUAGCACAUAUGCUGGCGGUUCUUUUCUUCGGUGGUUGUUUCAUAGUUACGAAUUGACGUUAUCUCCCCGGGCAAGUGUCUGUCCUUUAUCUUCUUGAGGGGCUGGUUUCUUUCGGUCGCUGCCUCUGUUGUGGUGCCUCUGAUCCAGCUGCAGUGUGACGGACAUUUUCUUCAGUUUUUCGACUAUGGGUGGCAACGGCAGAACUCACGUGUCGUCGGUGUCGCUCUUUCUUGUCCUAGUGGCCACUGUUGCUCUGUCAGAAAUAGCUGAACAUGUCGCUGGAAGUCAAACCAGUGACAGCAGCGCCGAGGUGGCCGGGCACGAGAAGACGGGGGAAACAGAUGCAGAGGAAAGAGAGGAGAUGGACGCCAAGUUACCUGGCCCUGUGGAAGUCCCUCCCCUUUACGGGAGUUUUAAAUUUCUCAACAGCUGGUUGCUGAGCUUGUUCCUCGUGUCUUUCCCUCCGACGCGUUUACUCUUCCUGGGCACCCGGCCCCUGGCGUAUGAAAACGACUUGAAUGACCGAGAGUCUGCUCGCGACGAGGAGUAUGUAAAUGAGAAGUUUCUAGAGUGGCACUCUUCCCAUAAAAGGGCACGAGCCAGACGAGAGGGGCUGCAGAAACUUAUCGCCGACGCGAACAAGGCUGCAGAACGGAGCACGUCUUCAACCUCGCGAGGCGGAAUCCGUGGUGAUCAAGCACACAGGGGUCUCUCUGCUCGGGUCAACGACGGCUGACAGCUUGGUGAUGAGAGGAGUGUCAUGGAUGAAUCGUUUGUGAAAGAACCGCGUUUGAUAGCUCUUUCCUUCAGAGGUAUUUUACUGGGGUCGAGUGGUUUUCGUGGCAACCUGAUUCACUCGAGAUGUCAAGGAUCAGGUUGCGACGUCUAGAGUAAUGCAAGAUUGCGCUGGACUUGCAGGUGGAGAGAAUUGCUUUGUUACCCCCCUGUUUUCCAGGUCGAGACAGACUUGAGGAAACGCAGGACUUUGCGGGUUUGUACGUACCUGAAGCAAUCAGCUACCAGAAAAGGGAAAACUGCGUCGGAGUUGGUAAACCAGCAACGACAGCCCACUGGCACACCGGGUAUUGUCGUUAUUUGGUCAUUCUGUCGGAUUCUUAUUUGCUGUGGUCAUUGAAGGUACUCGACUUCACAUGGAGAUCGGGGACCAGAUGUGACGUGGUAAUUCGUGUGCAGUGUGUUUCAUCAUUUUGCUGUCCUUUAGCCUGGCUUGAAUUUCAUACCUGCCCGGCCAGGCUUUCGGUUUCACACCCAUCAAGUUCUCUUUUGAGUACACAACGUGCUCAAACAGUCAGAGGGAACGCGUAUCGUCGAAUUUGUUGGAUGCACGGACUUUUCUGGGCAAUCAUGCAGAACUCUGUACUGCGAUGAAGUCGCGUAUGUUAGGAUGAAAGAUGUUAUGGAUGCAUAUGUCUCUUCAAGUGGAGAGUUGUUCGUUUCGAGGGAUAUAAACGCUGAACCAUAAGGCACAGUGUCAAUUAGUUACAGCGUCUUGUGAACAGCGAAAUGCUGGCACCAAGGAUGGUUCAUGAAGACAAUAAACGACUCCAUCCCAGUGACAUAUUGGGAAACCAUUCGACCCAGAAGCGCAGCGGCUGCUGGAUGAACUUCCGAUGUGUGCAUGUUACGAGUAGAAAAUUCCUUGCGCACGGCCGCCGUUAGCGACUUCGUCAGUAUGGUGUGGAUACGUGCUGUCCGUGGUACCCGCGGGUCUAAAGCUUUCGGAGGAGAAGAGGGUGUCAUACGCUGCGUUUUCAAACAAAUACUCUUCUUACGUCAUUGACCCGUGAAUCGCUUCGAAAGUCGAACGGAAGGCACCA